AUGAUAUCAGUAGCAUUUCAUGGAACAAGAGCAUAUCUUAUAGACAAAAGUCUUAUACCAAUAGUUUUGUUAUGGUUAGACCCAGUUGUUGGAUAUAACUUCAUAACUUAUGGUUCAUUCGACUCAGAACGUUGCAGUGAAGGCUUACUUUACAUCGUUCAGAAACCGAAGGACUUCAAUACAAAGAGAUAUAAGAUAGGAAGAACAUAUAAUAUAACUCAAAGAUAUGACAGUACAGUCAAUAGAGUCAAGGUUGUGUUCGUUAAUGAUAUGAGAGCUGCUGAAACAGAACUGCUUGAAGUUUUUGAGAAAAUGUAUGGUGCUCCCAUGAAAGGUAAAGAAACGUUUGAAGUAGAUGAGAUAGAUAAAGCUAUAAAAUUAUUUGACGAAGUUGCUGAAAAAUACAUGUAA